UUUUAUAUGAAAGAAUUUGAUAAUGGAGUCUUUAUUCAACGUCGUGAAAUUGGAAGGUGAAGAAGAUGGUCACAUUUUGCGGUAGUUUUUCCAAGAUGGCUGCGAGGUGGAGCAGUGAAAAUGUUGUCGCCGAAUAUCGAGAUUUGCAGGCCACGGCGAUGGCAGUGGACUGCACAGGCUCGCAUGCCUUGUUGGCAGGACGUAAACAUUUUGCGCUGGUGAAGUUGGAUAACCAGCAGCCCGAGCUGCAGAAGAAGAGUGUUCGACAGAGUAAGUGGGAAGUCAGCGCAGUACAGUGGUGUCCGCACGCCUCCAAUGGAGACUUCUUUGUGGCAGCUUCGAACCAGACAGCAGAAGUGUACAGCUUCCAGGACAGUCAGCUGAAAACUCGCUCUGUCCUGAAGGGGCAUACCCGUGUUAUCAGUGAUGUGGACUGGUCCAUGUCAGAUGCCAACACCAUGGCAACAUGUUCUGUGGACACCUACAUCUACCUGUGGGACAUCAGAGACCCAAGGAAACCAUCCCUAGCAUACAAUGCAGUAGCUGGAGCGUCACAGGUGAAGUGGAACAAGGUGAACAGCUACCUGCUAGCCACCACUCAUGAAGGGGACAUCCGGGUCUGGGACCAGAGGAAAGGGAGCACACCUGUGCAGUACAUCGCAGCUCACCUGUCCAAGGUACAUGGUCUGGACUGGGACCCCACCAGCGAACACCUCAUGGCCUCUUCCAGCCAGGAUUGUACCGUCAAGUUCUGGGAUGUGACAAACCCCAAGAGAGCCACGUCUAUGCUGAAGUCAGGUGCUCCAGUGUGGCGGGCACGAUACACGCCAUUUGGGCAUGGCCUGAUAACAGUGAUGGUCCCACAGCUGAGGAGGGGGGAGAACAGUUUACUGCUGUGGAACACAGACAACCUGACAUCCCCCAUACACACCUUUGUGGGACAUACAGAUGUGGUGUUGGAAUUCCAGUGGAGAAAACAGAAUGAGGACAAUGCUGACUACCAGUUAGUGACGUGGUCCAAGGACCAGAGUCUGAGAAUAUGGAAAAUUGACCCUCAGUUACAGCGAUUAUGUGGCCACACAGACCUGCAGGACAGUACAGAGAUGGAGACAGACUCCAUGUCGGAGACCUCCAGCACCAGGAACAGCAUCAUCGAGCAGAUCAUGGGCGGGGUGACCAGCGACUCGCUGGACAGUCCGCAGAAGUCCAAGGACGACCUGAUGGGUCAGCCGGAGACUCUGCAGCAGGAGUUCCUCCUGGUCAACAUCCCCAUCCCGAACAUACAGAUCAGUGAUACCGACAUGAUAAAGCGUUGCUGCACGGUGUACGCGGUAUGUGGGAACCACGAGGUUAAAGUGGUGGUGACCUUCCCGCCGCAGUACCCCAACAACGCUGCGCCCAGCUUCCAGUUCAUCAGACCUACGUCCAUCACCGACGCACUGCAGACCACGCUAUUGAAGAACUUGCGUGAGACGUCCCUUCAGUACGUACGGCGGAACCAUGGGUGCCUGGAUGCCUGUAUCCGACAGAUGGUCAACACACUGGACAACAUCCCGCUGACGGAGGACUCCUCUCCGGUACGACAGACACCCUUCCCCCUGCAGAGCAUGGAGUCGUUAGUGAACCCUCCCCUCAUGUCCAUCCCCACCUACGGCACCUACCAGGACCUGAACGUUCCCUUUCCCAGGACCAGUGGGGCCCGCUUCUGUGGUGUUGACAAGUUGGUUUACUUCACUCGUCCCAUCGCCCUCAGACAGUCCACAUGCACUGCUGAGCCAUACAAGCUGGUGUACUUCACACGCCCGAGCACCAUCCGACAGUCGUCAAUCACCACCGAACAGACUCCAAGGUCCCUCUCCGCCCUGUCAGCCUACAUGGGUCUCCACCCCAUGAACAUGAUGAAGUCCAGCUCCCAGUCAUCCAUCUCACGGAUCUACGCCGGGGAGAGUGUGCCGGUCGCUCCACUCUCCAACUUCUACUUCAAGGAAAAGAAGUCGCGACGUAGCGGGAAGAACCGCGAGAGAGACCUGAACGUCAGCAGCAAGGUUCCGCACGCCGGGCCGGUCCUGAUACAGGACGUCAGCUGUCUGCUGCCUGUACACCAGAAACUGGCCGAGACAUACAUACUGGACCCUAACAACAUCCCAAGCAUGUGCACUAGGAACGCAGCAGCAGCCAAUCAGGUGGGCAGGAAGGACCUUGUGCAGGUGUGGUCGCUGGCAGUUCUAGCGCUGAGUGCAGACCUGGCCCCCAGCUCCAGCCCUGACCUGGAGUGCCCCUGGGCACAGCACCCCUUUGGGAGGAGGUUACUACAGACACUGCUGGAACACUACAGUAAGUUGUGUGAUGUCCAAACCCUGGCCAUGCUGUGCUGUGCGUACGGAGCUCCCACGGUGCACCCUGAGGGUCGGGGCCUCCUCAAGUCCAGCUCUAACUCCAGUUUCCAGUCCAACUCUUUGCGAUCCGGGUCCUCAAUGACUAGCAGAAAGUCUUCAGGAAAUAUGUACGGCUCCCCAGGGACUUACGACACAGACACUUUCGUGACAAGUGGUUGGACUAUAGGAACCCGCGAGUCGGGGGGCAUGCGGCGGAGCGUCAGCUGGACAGAAACAUCCUCGCCUGAUGACUACCAGUACCGAGAGUACGUGGACCCGCGGGAGAGGGAGAGGGAACUGCACGACAGCGAAAAACAGUUACUAGACCCCGGCUGUACCCUGCUGUAUGAUGAGUUUAAGAAAGCGUACGGAGAGAUCCUGUAUCGUUGGGGUCUGAAGGACAAGAGAGCCGAUGUGCUGAAGUAUAUGUCCGUACCACCUGAAGCUCACAAAGGGAUUGAGUUUGGAACCAAGUGUGUUCACUGCCACAAGGAUGUGCGAGGUCCUCAGUGUGCCUCCUGCCGUGGCUAUGGCUUCCAAUGUGCAAUAUGUCACAUCGCUGUCAAAGGGUCAUCGAACUUCUGCCUGGCGUGCGGACAUGGCGGACACUCACGCCACAUGCAGGAGUGGUUCCAGAACUACGACAUCUGUCCCACGGGAUGCGGCUGCAACUGUCCCGAGGAGAACCAGGUGUUGGAGAGCUUGUGAUGUCGUACUGAGCCAUGGUCUUGCAUAGGAUAACCUGAGUACUGUACCAAGGCUUCUGUAUGGGAUAUCCUCAGAACACAGGCCACAGAACAUGUGCUUAGAAGAACCAGACAUGUAACUGGGGUAUCUGCAAUAUCAAGGCCAGCAUAUUAGAUUUCCCCAGGAACCAUGCUUGUACAUGCGAUACUCACAAAACCUUGGCCUGUGCAUGGGAUGCUCACAGAGCUCAGAUGUAAAUGUGGGUUAUUCCAGAACCCAGGCAUGUAUGUGGGAUAUUCCCAGAACCCAGGCUUGAACAUGGGAUAUUCCUAGAACCCAGGCUUGAACAUGGGAUAUUCCCAGAACCCAGGCUUGAACAUGGGAUAUUCCCACAUCCCAGGCUUGAACAUGGGAUAUUCCCAGAACCCAGGCUUGAACAUGAGAUAUUCCCAGAACCCAGGUUUCAACAUGGGAUAUUCCCAGAACCCAGGCUUGUGCAUGGGAUAUUCCCACAACCCAGGCUUGUCAGCACCCAUGUGUGUACAAGUGCAAUCCAUAGAUCCAAGCCUCUACAAGGAACGUUGCCAAAACCCAGGCUGUACAUGGGAUGUUCCCAGACCCCAGCCUUAGGAUAAAGCAGGAUUGAACAAGGGGUACCACCAGAACCCAGUCUCCAAAGCCAUACAAUAGCACAUGUAAGAUAGGAAGAACUUACAUGUAUAUAUAACUUAUCAAGUUAAUUAAGAUUAAUUGUCAAUAUAUGUCAAUGAUAAUAGAAAAUGGGUCAAUGAUUAAGAGCAUCACAAUGGUCUUGGAUAUAUUUUGUAUGCAUAUCUAUUUGUUGCUGCAUAGAAUAGAAUCACACUUGCUGCUGAAGAUACUACUGACUGUUACACAUAAGAAUAAAGCAAAACAAAAAUAUCUCUUGCUGUCAGUAUUAUAUCAUUUCUGACAUUCUUUGAGUCAAAGAAAGUAAAAUUUAUUAUUGUCAUUAAUUAUUACUGUAUUUGAUGCAAUGUGUAUUUUAAUUCAGUUGACUGCACCUAAUAUCCCAAC